AUGAUAAGUUUGAUCGUGUUUAUCCAGAUCAAUGUGUCGUCGAUAUUAGUAUCGACACUCAAUCAGGAUGUAUUAGAACUUCCUGAUACCAAUGUGAUAUAUCCAGUCGAUGUGAUAAACAAUAAAGAUGUUAAUACAAGUAUAAAUUAUUAUCUGUCGAAGAAAGAUGAAUUAAAAUUUAUUGAUGAUGCUAAUACGGCGAAUCGUCAGCAGAAAAUUGUUUUACCAUUGAUUGAAAACAAGGAAAACAUGUCGAGUGUCCAUUUAGUUCUGGAAUAUACGAAUGUCUUCGGUCGACCGAAAUUCUGUUCACAUAAAGAUGAGGACAUUUUUGGAAGAAUGUGUCCGUAUACAAAUUGUAAAUACACAUGUAAUCAAACGUAUGAAAAAGAUGCUCAAAUACUUUUAAUGCACAAAAGAGAUUUGGAUUAUAAGAAACUUGAUAAAUUACAAAGAAAUCCCAAUCAAAUCUGGUUACUAUGGCACGAUGAACCGAAUGAGAGAUCACCAGAAUUGAAUAAAUACAAAUUCAACUGGACAAUUUCAUACCGAACCAGUGCAGAAGCAUCGAUAGGUGCAUAUGGGUUAACCAUCGUCAAAGACAAACCAUGGUCGUCCGAACAAUUCAAUUCAUGGAUUGAUGAACAAUUUACAAAGAAACACAAUCAAGCUGUUUGGUUUGUUUCGAAUUGUUCACCAAAGAAGCGCUUAGCGAAAUUUCGUUCCCUUCGACAACAUUAUCCCAUUGUCGCAUUUGGUCGUUGUAUCCGACACAAUGAAUCAUUUUCAUUCAAUAUUCACAACCAAUCGGCAAGUACCUGUACUCGUCAAUCAUCGUGUGAAACCGAUUAUUUAUCGAGCUCGAAAUUUUACCUUGCAUUCGAAUCCCAAUCGUGCACGGAUUACAUUACUGAAAAAUUUUGGCGCACACUCGCUUAUGGUGCCGUGCCAAUUGUUAGCGGUCCCGAACGAGAAAAUUACGUUCGUGUAGCACCGCCGAAUUCGUUCAUUCAUGUCGAUGAUUACGCAUCCGAUGAUCAAUUAGCUGAAGCUUUGCGUUCCGUAGCGAACAAUCGAAGUUUAUAUGAAAAGUAUCAUUACUGGAGACGUUAUUAUGAUAUUCGUUAUUUAGCAAAAGAUAUUGAACCAUAUCGAUUCUGUGAAUUAUGUUAUCGAUUAAAUACGAAUAAACAGCGGAUCUGGUAUGAAAAUAUCAAUGAUUGGUUUCUCGACAAAUGUUGA